AUAAAACCUACACUUAUGUUUUCUAAGUGUCCUCUCUUUCUGUUGUUGAACAACAUACAUUCACAACUAAGAAAAAAAGAAGAAACGCACAAAUAUGGUACACACAAGGUUUACGAGUUUUUUACUAGGGCUUCUCUUUGUCAUGCAUGCCCUUAGGAACUCUUCUGCAUACUCUCAUCCAGGUGAAGAAGGGCUUGAGGCUACAAGAAAAAAUUUUGGGGUUCAAAAGGGACUUCUGGAUGGUGUUAACACUGCUGGUUUGAAGAAAAUAGGGCUUGGAGGAAGGAAAAUGGCAGUCCACAAAGUGCUGAUGAGCAAAGAGAUUGAGAAGCAAGAUGUCACUACUUCAGAGAUUUCAGGAAAGGACAGUGACGCCUCAAAGAAGCCUCUUGACUGCUCUCAAUAUAAAGUGAAUGUUCAGAACAAUUUGAACAAGUUGGAGCCAAAGUCAUCGAAGUCUGCAAGCUUCAGAAUUCCUAGGAGUAAGCCGGCUGAACCUCAAAACUCUCAAGAUUCCAAGGCAGCUUCAACCAAAGCCAGCUUGGAGAGUUCCUCAAGGUCUGAUAAUAAGCCAGCCUCUCUAGAAACGAACCAUACUUCUCAUGAAGCUCGAUGGCUUCUUCAGGCAACCAAAGAGAUUGUGAACCUGAUGCACAAGGAUUAUCAGGGAAUGGGUCGCCGUAAACCACCCAUCAAUAACCACGAGCCUUGGCAUUGAGUUAAACAAAAAUCAUGAGUAGGUUUAGGCUCACAAUUUUGCUGUUGGAAGUGAAGUCCUUACCUACAUAAAAUAGGUUAUCUUUCUUUUGGUUUUUUUUGUUUUUUGUUUUUUUUUUUUGGUUUUUAUAUGGAUCAUAAAGGCAAAGAUAGGAACUUAAAGUGUUGCUUGUUUCUGAUAGUCAGAAGUAGAAGACAUAAUAGUGAUGUACAUUAAGUGUGCCUUCAUAAGCCUUUUGGUAAAGUGAAGUUAGACAAGUUUUGUGAAGUAAUAUAUAAUAUAAUGUGAUAUUAAUGCUAAAUAA